AACAGCUCAGGGUCCUGUGGACAGACUACUGAAUGGCAAUGGCUGCAGACUCUCGGUCCUCCUGGCUCCUGACCUUCACCCUGCUCUGCCUGCUCUGGCCUCAGGAGGCUGGUGCCUUUCCUGCCAUGCCCUUGUCCAGUCUGUUUGCCAAUGCUGUGCUCCGGGCCCAGCAUCUGCACCAGCUGGCUGCUGACACCUACAAAGAGUUUGAGCGUGCCUACAUCCCCGAGGGACAGCGCUAUUCCAUUCAGAAUGCCCAAGCUGCUUUCUGCUUCUCUGAGACCAUCCCAGCCCCUACAGGCAAGGAGGAGGCCCAACAGAGAUCCGACAUGGAAUUGCUUCGUUUCUCGCUGCUGCUCAUCCAGUCAUGGCUGGGGCCUGUGCAGUUCCUCAGCAGGAUCUUCACCAACAGCCUGAUGUUCGGAACCUCAGACCGCGUCUACGAGAAACUGAAGGACCUGGAAGAGGGCAUACAGGCGCUGAUGCAGGAGCUGGAAGAUGGCAGCCCCCGCAUUGGGCAGAUCCUCAAGCAAACCUAUGACAAGUUUGACACCAAUAUGCGCAGCGAUGACGCCCUGCUCAAAAACUACGGGUUACUCUCCUGCUUCAAGAAGGACCUGCACAAGGCUGAGACCUACCUGCGGGUCAUGAAGUGCCGCCGCUUUGUGGAAAGCAGCUGUGCCUUCUAGCGGCGCAGCAUCUCCGCAACGUCUACACGGCCUCUCUGCAGCGUCUCCGCUGUAUCCCCCAGUGCCUCCCUUGACCCUGACACCUGCCCAGCCCUAUGUG